AUGGCAGUGCUGGGCCCGGACGCCGCCAGAGCCUCCCGCCGGCAUCCGGAUGCCAGCACAGGCUGUGGCGGCGCCCCAGGUGUUCUGGCGCCCCAGGAGGCGUUCCUGGGGUGUAACAGCGCCAGUGGGGUGAGCUUUGUGAAUUUCCCAGCAUUAGGCGACAUGGCGGCGGCCGCCGCCUCCGGGAACCCAGCGCUGCUCCUGUGCGCCCUGCUUUUCCAGCUGCGACCCAGCUCAGGUGAGUCCUAUAUACAGACGGCAGUUAAUAUUACUUGGUCAUCCAUCAAUUUUAAGACAAUACUAGAAUGGGACCCCAAGCCAUCAAAUUAUGUUUACACUGUUGAAAUAGAUGGUCAAUCAGACUGGAAGAAAACGUGUGUUCAUUCUGCACGGACAGAAUGUGACGUUACUUACCUUCUGGAUGAUGCAAGGGAUACCUACACUGCCCGUAUACUGUCAGAAGUGCCACUAAGGGACAGCAGUGAUUUCGACCACCCUCCUUUUGCAAUCUCUCCACCAUUCAUACCUUAUGAGCAAACUGUGAUUGGAAUGCCAACUAUCAGAAAGUUUGAACAAAAAAACAACAUUUUGAAAGUUGUGAUAGAGGAUCCAUUAACACCAUACAGAUUUGUAAAUUCCAGCUUUAAAAGCAUAAGAGACAUAUUUAAAGAUGACCUGGAAUACACAAUGUACUAUUGGAAAGACAAAAGUACAGGAAGGAAAGAAACAAAGACCAAAAGCAAUGAGUUUAAAAUCAACAUUGACAAAGGGAAGAAUUACUGCUUCUAUGUUCAGGCUACUAUUUUGUCACGCACAGAGGACCGUAAAAGUGAAAAAAGCUUUGACAAAUGUACCAGUGUGGACAGGAAAUCAUUGGAUGAUCUUGAGCCAGAAGGAAUCCUUAUAAUUGGAGCUGGAGCAGUUGGAGUCUUCAUAUUAUUUAUUAUUUCAUGUGUGGUUUAUUAUAAAUGCAAAAAGUUCAAAGCUGCUGUGAAGGAAAAAGAGAAUGUGCCACUGAAUGCGUAAGGCAAAAAA